CAGCGUGUUGGAGCUGGGGUGGGCGGGUGAUGGCUGUCCCAGUCCCUAAGUCUGGUCCUAACUAAGCACGAGCCUGAGUCUUAAGCACUAGGGUCUGCAGUGAGACGAAAUGGAGAAUAAGGGGUGCUGAGGGCAGGCAGAUCAGGCCCAAUUUUCCCACCCCUUUUAGGCUUUCUGCACGUGGUGCCCACGCGUCAGCGGAGCGGGUCUGUCUGGUGCGGGGCCCACGUUGCAAUGGAGGUUCGAGCGUCGCGGGUUUGGGAUGCUCCCACCCGUGUUACAGACGUAGCUUGCAAAGCCGGCAGCAUCGCGUUGCGUGGGCUGCCAGCACAGUCUCUUCAAAACAUGUGUUUCUGGGUUGCUUCCUGCUCUGAGACGCGGACACGGCGUUGCCCCAUAGGUUGCCAUCGAGCCACGUUGCCUUUCAUGUGGAACAGCGCAGACGGUCACUUGUGUCACCUGCAGUUUCAGAGAAAAACCCCGUGAUUUCUACACGUCAGUAUUUGCUAUGGUUUUUCCAGUGAGCCGUACCGAGUGUGUGAACGCUGGCAGCGGUUUCAGCUCUUGGCAGGCAAAGCACAGCGGGUAUGCAUUGCUGUAUCAAGAAGUGGUUGGAUGAUGCAGGAAGGGAGAGGAGCGCUGAGCGUGCUUUCCAAAAGGAUACAGCACAAAUUUCUGUUUUCUAGCAGUGAGAUGCUACUGGACCAAGAAAAAAGGAAAGCUAGCAUCAUAGCCUCUCUGCAGGCACUGGGACAGGAUUCUGCAAAAGGGAGAAAGAGUAAGAAUUCCAGAAGAAAGAUGAUCUCAGAUUUAAGUCCUUCUCUGUGUCAUUGCCUGCCCCCUGGGAAACUUAUGCCUGGAUCCAACUUCAGUGAUGAAGUCCACUGGAAGGGAAAUCUCCCCACAGGACCAUCUGCUCUGGGAAUAUGGAAGCUGACAAAUCUGGGAAAAAAGCCUCACAUUCCUAAGGGCAGAGGAUACAGCACAUGGACACCUUCCCAAUCUCUGCAGCACAUCCUAUCCCCACCCCUGGGGCACCAGGCAAAGGAGAGACCCAGCAGAUUCACGUCAGAUCUUCUGUUCAGGUUUAAAAAAGCUGCUAAAUGCAUUGUCAUGCUUUGCUCACUUUACAAAGAACACCACCUUCGGGCCAACCUCAGUUAUGGUAUUGAGAGAGUAAGGAGAUUGCAGCCCAGCUCAAGCCACAUGGAACAGUCUCAGGAGGAGAUUCUUUUCGAUGUGACAUUAUUCAGGGCUAAGAAACCGGCCAGGAUUUCUCAGCGUGCCAUCUGUAUUCUUCAUCGGUGCCCACAGGAACGAAGUGAGAAAGACAUUAGCUACAUACGAAUUACCUUGCAACCUGUAAAGGCAUUUGGAAAUUACUCCACCAGGAUUCAGAAGGAAGUAGCAAAAGUUGCAUGGUACUCCAGAUACGAAUCCUGCCAAGUAAUGAUCCAACAGGGCUAUCCUCCACAUUCCUUUUAUAUCUGUCUCUCAGGAUCUGCAACAGUUAUCAGGAAGAACCAUGACAAUGGCCAGUUAAAGCCUGCCUGGUUCUUUAGUCAAGGGGAUGCAUUUGGGGAUCAAGAGAUUAUAAAUGGUGACCCCUGGCAGGGAACUGUUAUUAUUCAGGAACCAGCUGAGUUUCUCUGCAUUGACCAAGAGGACUUCAUCAGAAUUUUCCUGUCUGAUGCGAGAAAGGUGCUUGGGGACCCUGAGCAGCUGCUGUUUCUGAGAAGCCUUCGGUGUUUUGAAGGUUGGCCGGUUCAUCUUUUGGAAGGCAAUCCUGGUAAAUACAUUGUCUGCCACUACAGAAGGGGAUCAGUUGUUCUGAGAAACAGUAAUGUGACCAAAUGGAUUUACAUUGUCAAAGCAGGAAGUUGUUCUGUCCUGAAGGUUUUUAAAGAUGACCUCCCCACCGCCGGAGUAAUGCAAGCAGGAGCUGGCAGAAGCAGCAUGGUGACUCCUAUGAUCAUUGCUGUAGACACCUUGCUGCAAGGAUCUGUAUUUGGGCUCUUGGACUUUCUCUUUGAGGAUCAGCCAGAUUUGUGUGUGGUCAGCAAUGGAGCGGAGUGCCUUAAGAUUUCAAAAAAGUUUUUCCUGCAUCAUGCUUCAAAAGACCUUCUGGAGAGACUGCGCAAAGAGGAACAUUCCUACCCCAGCGAGGCCAAGCUGAAGGAACAGCUACAGCGGGUAGUGCGGUGGCAAGUUUUUCGGAAAUCAGCUUUGGCAAACACAAUUCAAGGGAUUGAACUGAAACGCAAGUUGCUUCCACGUUCCCCGAGUAUAGGGCUCUACGCAUGCUCAAAAAACUAACUAACUCAUGUUUCUGCCAAAAAUGGAGGGAUGUCAGUGAGUACAUGCUGGAGAAAUAAAAACCUAAAUCCCCAGACCCCCCUCCCCAAACCGUUUGGGAGAUGGUAAUAUAUUAAAUUAGGCCUCUAAUUUUUCCAUGAUUAUGAUAAAUUACACAAUGAAAUGUCAGAGAAGCAUAUUUCCCACUAUGUCUUAAUAGUGCCAUAUACUCUUUCCUUUACAUUAGAGCAUGUGGUGAAAUAACUGCUACACACACUUUAUUGGUUUCCAUGUAAUUUUUAUCCAAAAAAUCUCAACAAAUGAAAAAGAAUGAAGUAAGUGUCUCUUGGGCAGUGAGUAUACUCUGGGAGUGUCACUGCAGAAGGUUCUCUCAGGCACAUUUACUCUAAUACAUGUAUAAGCAUAGUCAAAACUCCACUGCCUGUUUCUGAAAUCAGUCAGAGGUAGACUUGUUUGAUGCUCUUUUACAAACAGCAUUAUUUCACUGCAGAAAAAGAAUCAAAAGGAAAGAGCAAGGAAGUCAAAAAGCAUUUACUUCAGAUACCUAUAUUUAAUCCAAACUUGUGGAUUUCUAGAGCCUGCAUGAACAAACAGGCUGACUGUCAUGAAAAAUAGCAAACGGUUAUAUUGUGUCUUUAGUAAUUUCUUACGAUACUGAAUCUUACCUGUCAAAAGAAAAGCCUUUAAAUUAGCUUCUUUAAUUAGAAAAUCGGUUUGUGCAAGAACAACAGUUGCAUCUAACAGUGCACAUUACCAUCUUUUUGCAUAUUUUCAAACCCAUUUUGAAUUAUUUUUCCAUGAUGCAUGUGAAACUAUUUAGCUUAUUUUGGAUCAGAUAUGUAUUCUUAUCUCAACAAUGCAGAGUUUCACUUUGCAAUUCUAGUUACUGCUUAUUUUGAAGUUGCCUAAUUUUUACAGGUAAAUGCUUUUUAUAAUCAUUUAAGUUAUAAAAUAAUUGUGUUUUGGCUUUUGACAUAGAUCAGUUAGGUACCCGUACCCAAGAGCAGGAGCUCCUAUUUAUGUAGUUAGCUGGAGUUUUCAAAAACAGAUCUUUAUUUGAGAUGACUGGUAGCUUACCAGAUUUAUUUUAAUCUUAAGGAAAAUGUGAUAAACAUUUUAAAUGCAUGAGACUUUUUUGCUUUUUAAGUGAUUAAGCUUGUUCUUUAUUACAGACAACGGUAACAAAUAACCAGAACACAAAUCCAAGGUAAUCCAUUUUAAGACUCUAAUAUUACAUUAUGAAUCUGGAUGUAAUAAGAGUUCAGUUCAGUACAGAAUGCUUGAGAAACAAAUCACUCAUUUCAUGCAAGAACUGUCACUGGGCAUUAUAGCUCAGUGUGGCCACAUGGGGGACAAAAUGUCUCUAAUACCUUCUUUAUUACAAUGGUAACACUGCUGGUGCUUUACUUUCUAUGUGAAGAGACUUGCACAGUAAGCGCAAGAAAACCUUGAACUUAAAACCUAAAAGAUGCAUGAAAACCUCAGUGCAGUAGAAACAGUGAAUGAAUGCGGUCAAGAGGGAAAAUUUCUAAGGAACUCAACUCUUAUUGGAAACAUCUAGAACUUGAAUAUUCAUUUUUACUUCUAAAAGCAUUUAAGAGAGGAAAUGUGAUGUAAACAUAUGCACUGUCCAAUUAACUUGAAUUUUCACCUCUAGUAAAAUAAUGUAAGUAGUUUCUUAA